AAGGGAGUCAUAGGCUUAGAUACAGACCAAUAAACAAUGCCUGCAUGAAAAUAUUUUCUUAGCUUUUGAUUGUGUUGUUGGCUCUUUGUUCGCAGGUGUAUUGUCAGGCUGCUGAGGCCACUUCCAGUGACUGAUGUUCUUAUUGUUUUGGCUUCAUGGCAUUUAUUUUGCACCUUGUUCUAGUGGUUUUUCUCAUUGUAAGACAUUUGCAGUGUAGUUUAACUGAUCAACACAAAUGGAGGAAGGUUCUUGCAGCUUGUGUGGCCCUUUGCCACUGUGACAGAGAAAAAUGAAAGGAGGAUGGAUAUGUGGACGCUGCCUACAUAUUGUUCCCUCAUGCACAUUGAAUUAUGCCAUUACUAUUCUCAAAUUAAUUAAAGUCUUGACACAGUAAGUCUUUUAUCACUAUACGCACCACCUUUAUGAAUGAGCCUAAGGCUGUGUUAUCAUAUGUGCUCUCCCUUUUCAUUCUGUGUUAUAAUAUUUUCAAAGCCUUGCUAUUGUUAGAGGUGCGAUACCAUUGUAUUCAACAGUAUAGUGACUAAUAGCAGACUCAACAAAGUGCUAUUGUGCUAUCUUUUAAUACAAUGCUCCUGUAUAAUGUGGUCCUGAUAAUCAUAAUAAAUAGUGGUGUGAUAAUUUUAUGUUCUCCUGAUUUUUUGUUGUGAUGUCUUAUAUAAUAUAUCAAUCAAAACAGCAUGCCAAAAUGUUACGAAACACCACGUAUUGGAAGUAUAUAUAAGGACUGAGGCUGGUGGACCAUGCACAACAUUUUGUGGAGACGAGUAUGAAAAUGGAGCGUAUGUUCCUUCUGCUGUUGUUGGUUUCCAGCAGCCUGUGUGCUGGGAAUUACAGCCACCUGGGGACUGGGACCAGUCUGGCGGUCUGUCAACCUGACACCUGCGCCCUGCUCAGCGAGGUGGCUGCCAUGAGGGAGAAGCUGGCAGCCCUGACGCAGACACAAAGUACGCUUGAGCAAAACCUCAGUGCAAUGAUGCAGAAAAUGGCAACAGUCGAAGCCAACUUGCAAUCCUACAAAAGCCAGGCCGAGGAGCUCUGGAAGGUAAACCAGGCUCAGGACAAGCAGCUGAACGCUCUCACAGACGUCUCAUCCACAAGUGUGUCAAAGAUGGCUUUCACCGCUGCUUUAGGAAGCUCAGUGGGUCCGUUUGAACAAGACACGCCACUGAAAUAUCAAAGAAUCCUUUCCAACAUCGGCAGCGGCUACAAUCCCGCCACUGGCAUCUUCACCGCCAUGACCCGGGGUUUGUACUACUUCAGUUACACCAUGUACAACAACAACUCUGGACAGCCCAACUCGGUGGCUUCGCUGAUGAUGAACAGUCAGAAGGUGGUGUCUACCUGGGACACUUUGGGUGACGACAGCCAAGACAGCGCCACCAACGCGGCUGUGGUACAGCUGGAGGCUGGAGACAGUGUGUUUGUGAAGCUGUACGCAAACAGGGUGCUUUAUGACGACGGGUAUUACUACAACACCUUCAGUGGUUUCCUGCUCUUCACUUUGUGAUAAACUGCAUCAUUUAACAUGUGAUGGACAAUAAGUAAAUUAUGCUGGAGUAUAGGUGGUUAAUCUGUCCUAUUACACUAUUUGUUAUCUUAUAUGUAAACAGAUUCAAUGACUUCCAUGACAAUAAAUAUAGAAAAAAAAACUUCA